AUGACAUCGAAAAAAGGUGAGGACGAAAGGUCUCACACGCUGUCAGCUCAGAUCUCCCUGAGGAGCCCAGCGAGGGCGGCGGGUUCACCGGCACACAGCGAGGCGCUGGCACACAGCGAGGCGCUGGCACUGCCAGGCCCGGUAACGUGCAGCUCCGCCGGGCCCGAGAGGGUCACGAGGGGACAGGUUCUGGGGUUUGACUGGAAGAACUGCGGCCCGCCAGAUGAUCCAGCUGUUCUCAAGACUCUGGUCCUGUCUCCAGACCCCAUCUCCAUCCCCGGAGACCUGACGGCCUCCGCCUCCGGAUCCACAUCCGUGGAGCUGUCUGCUCCCCUGGCUCUCAACGUGACCCUGGAAAAGGAGGUGGUGGGGAUCUGGGUGAAGGUCCCGUGUGUGGACGAGCUGGGCAGCUGUCACUACCCCGACGCCUGUGCCAUCCUGAACCAGCUGAUCCCCCCGGGUCAGGACUGCCCCGAGCCGCUCCACACCUACGGACUGCCCUGCCGCUGCCCCUUCAAAGCCGGAUCGUACUCUCUGCCCCAGUCGGACUUCUUCCUGCCCUACAUGGACCUGCCCUACUGGCUGACUAACGGGGACUACCGUGUGCAGGGGGUCCUGGGCAGCCGGGGCAAAGAGCUGGGCUGCCUCAAGCUGUCCCUCUCCAUCCGCUCCCUCUGAGCGACGUUCUCAGCUCGUCGGUUGUUUGCACAUAGAAACGAUUUGAAAAAGUCGGGGAAAACGAAGCAGAAGUUGCACAAAGCUCUGAAACCGACGAAGCUCUCAGCCAGGGCUCUGUCGCUCUGAAAAAAACGGGAAAAUCAUAUUUCACAUUUCUGCUGCACAGAAAGAUGUUUUGGGAAAACAGAUGUAUAAUAUAAUGCAAGAACGUCUGCACCGUAAACUAAU